UUUUUUUGGAUGUCCAUUUCUGCUGACCUUUGCUCCGCAUUCACAUAAGUCGUCCGCAUCAGAAGUUGAGAUUUCUUUCUCUGUGAGCACCCAUUUUAUCCAUUUAGUGUCUCUUCAACAUGGCAGUCCGUGCGCAAUUCGAAAAUAGCAACGACAUUGGGGUCUUCUCUCGCUUGACAAACUCAUAUGGCCUGGUAGCUAUUGGCGGUUCCGAGAACUUUUACAGUGUAUUUGAGAGCGAGCUAUCAGACGUCAUUCCGGUGGUUCAUACAUCAAUUGGUGGGACACGAAUCAUUGGCCGAUUGACCGCUGGAAACCGCCAUGGACUGUUAUUGCCGAACACCACAACCGAUCAAGAGCUUCAGCACAUUCGAAACUCGUUACCGGAUACAGUGGCUAUUCAGCGUGUAGAAGAACGAUUAUCGGCGUUGGGGAAUGUGAUUGCAUGCAAUGAUUACGUAGCAUUAGUACAUCCAGACGUGGACCGAGAAACCGAGGAAAUUAUUGCCGAUGUCCUGAAAGUUGAAGUAUUUCGUCAAACUGUAGCGGGAAAUGUGCUCGUUGGAAGCUACUGCGCGCUGAGCAACCAGGGUGGAAUUGUUCACCCAAAGACGUCGGUAGAGGACCAGGAUGAGCUGUCAUCACUGCUCCAGAUCCCUUUGGUGGCAGGUACGGUAAAUCGAGGCUCAGAUCUGAUUGGAGCAGGCCUGGUGGUCAAUGACUGGAGCGCGUUUGCUGGGUUGGACACCACAAGUACCGAACUUUCGGUUAUAGAAAGUAUUUUCAAGCUACAAGACGCCCAGCCAACAUACAUUGUCAACCAAAUGCGGGAUUCACUCAUUGACAGCAUGGCGUAAUUAUGGUUUGGCGAAGUUUAGUCUCCAUACUAUUUACAAUGGUUCCACUCCUCGGCGGCCCAGGAGAGUGAUAAAGCUUCUUAUGCCCAUCUGACGUAAGAGUUCGCCGCAGAUCUUAUGCGAGCUAAUGGGAUGGGACUGGCGUUCGAUUAAACUUGUGGCACACCAUAAUACCUAGCGGUUCUUAUAAUAUUAUCGUCUGCUUCCACGUGGUUGCUCUCCCCUACUUCCUGGUGUAAAU